AUGAAUUGCGAUGAGCUGCAAGAAUCCGCCCGGCCUCAGCGCUACCUAGUCAAGCGUCCGAAGGCGCUCCAAUGGUUCCAUAACGGCGAGCUGCACAAAGCGGGUGAAGAAGAGCGUGCAGCGGGCCGGUUCGAGCUCUUCCUGGAUCUACUCUACGUGGCCAUCGUUGCCAACUUCUCAGACGAGCUCUCUGAGCACCCUGAUGGCCAACAUCUGGCAAAGUACGUACUGAUCUUUGCACCGGCAUGGCACAUCUGGGCGGACCUCAGGGAGAUCAUGAACUCUUAUUAUACCGAUGACAUUGUCCAGAGACUGAUCAUUCUGUGGGUCAUGGCUUUGCUUGUUCUGUAUGGCAACAACGCUCCUCACGUCGAAGAGCUCAACGCGCUUCAAACCACGGUCGGUGCCUACAUGUGUGCUCGAUUCACAACAGCCUCAGUAUUCCUCAUCUCGUCGUUCGCAAGCUACCAGCACCGAGCCCAGGCGCGUAUCAUGUGGGGGUUCAUGCUUGUUGGUUUACUUUUGUGCAUACCACUCUUCGUGGAGACCGUCUCUCUCCUCGCAAAAGCCGCCAUCGUGGCCGUCAUCAUCAUCUAUCAGGAGAUCACUUGGGCAAUCACCCUGUCGCCUUGGUUGAAGAAGAAACUCGGCCUACAGUACAGCACUGCAGUCGAUAUCAGCCACGAAAUCGACCGCCUCGCGGCUUUCUUCGUGAUUGUCCUCGGCGAGUUUAUGUACAGCGUUAUCGUCGGCAACCCAGCUGGCACUGGACUGACCGAUGGCUUUGGCAAGGCAGUCUGCACUCUCAUCAUCGCAUUCAGCUUGAAUUGGCUUUAUGUCUCGGGCGAUGGUUCCCUGCAAGCCACACAUCCUAUUCGGAGAUCCGCUUGGACAGCCUUCGGAUUCUUCCUCCUGCACUUGCCGCUCUCAGCCAGUUUCUUAAUCGGCGGCCAUAUCUGCGCUAUGAGUGUUGGCAUCCAGGAGUUCGAGGACGGUCAACGCUGGCUGCUAGGCGGCGGGCUUGGUGUUGGAAUGCUGUGCCUCUGGAUUUACGGCAUGCUGUACAGGACCGAGGACGAAGGCAAUAUGCUGUUGCCAAAGGUGCUGAGGAUUGGAAUGCGUCUGGUCAUUGCUAUCGUACUUGUCAUACUCCCGAAGACGCACGAUCAUCUUACGACCGUUCAGUUGAUGGCAGUUGUCGCAGUUCUCUUCGCUUUCGCCCUGUUCUGGGAAACAGUCGGUGGCUUGACGCGAGACUUCCAUAUUUUCGAGUCCUGGGAAGGCAGACACCCACCAAAAGACCCUGUAAACGAGGAGGAAGCUACGAAUCGGGGCUGA